AUGUUGGUGCUACAGCAACGGCACCAGCGAUAUUCCAUCAGCAAGGUGGCGGCAUCAGAUCUGUCACACCUUAUCGUCUGGGGUCAAGGCCGCAGGCAACGAGUGUGGGAAUUGACUCCUGCGGAGUGGACGACCUUGCCGAAUGACGUGAUGAGUGCACACCGGGCAUCCCAUGCACGCAUGCUGGCAGCACUUGCCUCCAAGCGAGCUGCAGACAGCAAGACGGCAACAAACGGGGGUGAGAAAAUCGACGAGGAGAAGCUGCUUCUGAGCGGCAUACUUCCCGCUCCGCCGAUGCCUGGUCGAGAGGGGCAAUCCGAACACGAAGAGCAAGCCUGCCUACAUCCACUGACAGGGCCUGAGCCUGGGGAAGCUCCUGAGGACGAGGGUGUGGAAUCGUUUGCAGAAGGACCACGGCGCUGCAAUUUGUGGCAGAGUGUUCAAGCGCUGGUGUCUCCAUGCACAUCUCUGCGCGGUCUUCUGGAACGACUGCGAGCCGGUUGA